CUUCGCCGGGUCUCGCAAAUGUCACAGGUUGAUACUUUUCUCUAUUCGCAAUCCACUUCGUGUAGUGAGGUUUAGGAACUGCACUCUAAAAAAUAUUGGGUAAAAAUGCUCCAUGACCGUAAUUUAUGUGUCUAACCAACAUUGGGAAUUUCUUUUGGGCAUUUUUAUUAAACCAGUGUGAUGAAAUUCUUGCCCAUCCUAAAGUAAUUGCUGCCUAUUUUUUAAAACUUACUGGACAAUGUGCUUCCCGCAUUGGGUAAAAUACUGCCCCAAAUUAGUUGGACACAUAAUCACCCUCGUGCUGGUUAAAGAUUUUCCCAACAUUUGUUUUGCAGUGUGAUUUAUCUACUUAGUCCUAUAGGCCUCUGGGUGUGUGCUUGACUUUCGGAAAUGUUCAUGAAGAUAGCCAUCGUGGUAUUUUUCCUACUCAACCACCAAGUCAAGGACAUUUAUUGUGCUGGAACAUGCGCUGAUAUUCCUAAAGAUGUCUGUCCGUAUGGAGUUUCUGAGUAUACCGGUGAAUGGGUGAAAUAUGUUCCCAAGUACCUAACACGUGAUCACCCCGAGUACGAAGUCAGAACACCACCGGAAGCAAGUGACAAGAUUAACCUAUACUGCGCCCAUCCAGAUUGUUACUCCAAUCCGUGUCUUCACGGAGGAACCUGCAUGGAAGAACUUGACGGGUUCAGUUGCUCCUGUCCUGGGAUCUAUUUCGGAAUUCAUUGUGAACAACAUGCAUGUGACUCCAAUCCUUGUCUUCAUGGAGGGACAUGUGUGGAGGAGCUUGAUGGGUAUAAUUGUUCCUGUCAUGGAGGCUAUGUGGGAAUUCACUGUGAGAAGCCUGUUUGUCCAGACGGAUGGGUGUAUGGAGGAACGAAGUGUUUUCUGGAAGUGGCUGGCCGACGAUCCAACUGGACGAGUGCGCGUGACUAUUGUAACGGUCUGGACGAGGUUGUACUCGGAAACGGAAACAGAGUUCGACCAUCUCUACUCCUCAUAGAGAGCGAGGAAGAGUAUGAUCUUCUCAAACUCAACAUAAACGACCCUUGGGACUACUACUGGUUGAACUGUCAGUUUAUUGACAUGAAUAUUACUUGCUUCACAGACAGAGCCGGAAACACAAGUGACUACCGAAAUUGGCCUGAUUCUUCUUAUUCCGGAAUCGCAUACGAGAGUAUUUACUGCGUGGAUGUGUUCAUGAGUAGUGGCUAUUGGGAGACAUAUCGCUGUUCGAAUCAGGACGAUUUAACCGCUUGUCAAGUAAAUGUUUUUGCUUCAAGAAAACACCGACAUAGAAUGCAUUAAAUACCCUUCUUUAGUUGUAAAGAACAAGAGAAAGAAAAAAAAUGUACAAGAGUUUCUUUGGCGCAAGUUUUUGCUAAUUUUUGAGAUUGCACCAUGUGCACAUCUCAAACUUCAGUGAACCCUAACCUCCACACGUUGUAUUUUCACCAUAAUAUGUUUGAAGUUGUUACUUUGUUUCGUCUGCAUUCAAUUAAAUAAUUUUGGUGGUAUUCUUGAUCAAUUUUGACACGAUCAUUUUUUAAGCUUAGAAUUACGUCUGAUUUCUCAAUCAAGGUAUUUUAUAAUCCCAUAUCAUAACUGCUUAAAUCAGACCAAUAUUUUAUCAAUUUGAUUAAAAUAGUGACAUUGUUGCGAUUAACGAAAUUCAAAUUUGCGUUUAAUGCUUUAAUGUGGCACCUUUACCAGGUUGACCUCAUGUCAAUUAGAUUAUAUUAUCAAUGUCAAUUGAGUAUGCUAUCAUAUUUUCAUUUCUAUAUCAUAGAUCUGUCUACCUUAAAGCACACACAGUCUGAGUCAGUCACCGCAGUGUGGUACACGAUCAUACUGUGAUAAACUGGAAUACGUUUUCACACUCCCGGGGUCCAUUGCUUUUAAACGCAAGUCAAAAACUCAAUCGCAAGUCCCAAAUGCGCGCUGUUGAUUGGUUGAAAAUCAAGUUGCGCAUAAUUUUUUUAAGUUGCGAUUGGUUGCAAUUCUUUCUGCAACAGGCCCAAGUAGAGAAAACGAUUUAAGUUAUAACCCAUAGUGGCCUAUCAAAACACGGACUGUGUGACCCAUUUCAUUGCACUGGAAUUGUAGUGUCAAGUAAAGAAUGACUGAUCAAUGUCGUAUUUCUUAUUCAUAAGUAAGUCAUGUAAGUAGUACGUAUAUAUGUGAUGUAAAAUUCCUAAAUAAAUAAUGGAUUGUGGUCUUGAAGUUGAACUG